AACAAGCAAAAACACAACGAAUCUUUGGCAAACAAUAUGGUUGCCACUCCAUCAAAAUUCGUAAGUUACAAAAGGUUGCCAAAGGUUUUGUGAUAAAAAAACAAAUCUACAAAGUCAUAAUACCCUUACCACUAUGUGGUGUAGGGUAUAAUUAAUAUAAAUAGCCUACACGUUUUUGCCUCUCGAAGACGAGUGCACAAUGUAAAUUAUCGUCCAAUAAUGAGCAUUAUAAUAUGUUAAUUUAUCGAUAAGAUUAAAAGACAUAUUUAUACAAAUUUGCUGUAUAAAUUUAUAUUUUUCAACGGCUUAGCCGACUCAGUCGGCUAAAAAUUUGAGCCGAUGAGAGCCGCAUACAUCAGCGGCGGCUCAGAUCACUUAAAAAAAGUCGGCGGCGGCUGCACGCCGACUGCGAGCCGAUCGGCUUCGUGCUCUGGUUCUUCUUGGUGUGUUAUUUUAUUCAGCGUCAUUUUAAUUUUCGGUGUUGAAAGUUGAGAAAUUUUUGUAAUUUUUUAUUAGAGGUAAUUUUGCGGCAAAACAAUUAACACCAAACGCAAAAACAGUAAACACCUUAGCGCGAAAUGAAAACAUCGCCGAAAUAGAAUGAAAAAUAUCGUUAAAAGCGUUUUACGGUUUCCGUCGGGUCUUCUGCGACAAGAAAAUGAAAAAAAGUAAUACCACCACAAAAUACUCUUCUGAUGAUGAUUUGUGCAAUUCUCUCUUGAAACAAGUAUGAAGUUAAGCAACGACGUUCUUCUAUUAAACAAAGACAACGACAAGUAUUAAACAACAAGAAUUAAUGUGGAAAAGGCGUAAAAAGUUAUUUAAAAAAAUUAAAGAAAACUGUCCUGGCUCCUAGUAGCUGUUAAUGAAUGACUGGAGAAAAAAAUAUUGAAAAGAAAAAAAGUGAAAACAAUGUGGUUUGAAAGUCAAUAUGAAAAAUCCGGAAGAAUAAGACCUAGAUAUGAUGUGCUAAGUGCUAAAUGGGUGAAGGAGUCGGCGGAGGCAAUUUGCAGCUAAAGCCACUAUCCCAUAUCACCUACCCACAGUGCAACGCAGACGGCCAACAACAGCGAUCGUCAGCAAAAAGUUAAAAAAAAAAAAUAAAUUAAGAAAAGCAUGAAAUUUCUACGCUAAGCAAAGCAAGUUGAGAUUCUUGAGGCCAAAGUGCUCAAAGAUCUAAAAAGUACAUUCUUUAAAAAAAUUACAGAGUGAGUUUUGAAACAAAAUGCACUCAAGCGUGUUUUCUAGUAAAAUCACAUGUGAAAAAUCGUUGGAUAAAAAAGAAGUUAAUUUUAUUAUAACCAAAUCAGCAACAACAAUCCGUAAAAGAAAACAGCAGCAGCAGCAACAAAGAGACAUAUUGUUUUUUAAACAACGACGUCGACGUUUGCAACCUUGGCUAUAUCAAUUCCUGCUACCAGUGACGGCAAAGUUCUCAACAACAAAACUAACGGCAGCAGAAUUUUAAACAAUCAACUCCUAGUUUGCAAAAAUUAAAAAAGAAAAUCCUAAACCAUUGCCGUCAACAAAAUACAAGAAAGUUCCUCGUUCUUAUUUCUUGCAAUUGUUUUUAUUGUCCAAACAUUAAAAAGCUGCCUUAACGUCAGACACGUCGAAUUGCAAUCAAUACAUCCAUUACAAUCUUUUGGUCAAAAGUGCUUAUUCCCAUUUUUUCUAAAAAAAUAAGCAAAAGGACUUCUUAACGAGAAGUGUAUAAACAGUAAAAUAAACUUUAAAAUACCGAAAAAAAAAACAAACUUUUGCUACAACCAAACGCGAGUGUCCAAACAAAACAAUUGCAAGUAACAAUUUUGUUCUCAUUACACAAAGCCAAAAUAAGAAAACAACAGACAUUUUAUGAAUGAUGGCCGAUCACAUGGAAGAGCCUCCGCAAAAGCGGAUGAAAGUUGAUGACCUAUACAUGUUGGAAGAGAACCUGCCCGAUGAACUAGUCUCUACAUGGGGUGAUCAGUUGGGCGGUGGUGGUCCGGGCUCCGGGUCAGUGUCAGGUGGUGGCCCACCAAAUCAUGGCAUGGCUGUAAAUGUUGGCGGUGUCGGUGGCCCAAAUAAACCUCCAGCUCAGGGACCCGGACCAGGUGGUGCUGGUGGUCCCCAAUUAAAUGGCUCAGUUGAUGACGUUAAUUCAGCGGGUGGUGGUCCAGGCGGUAAUCCCUUGCGGCAAAUGCAACAUCAUCAACAUUUGCAGCAUUUGCUCCAGCAACAGGGUAACAAAAAUCCUGGCAUGGUUGGCAAUACAAUGGGAGCAGCUGUCAUGAACCAAUUGGGCAGUAAGUCACCUAAUUUACAAUCUCCAAAUGCCGGUGGCAUGCAAAUGUGUGCCAUUGUUAACUCGAUGCCAAUGUCCAUUUCGAAUAAUGGCACGCAAAUGAAUUCCAUGUCAGGUAUGAAUACCAUUGCUCAGGGAAAUAUGGGUAAUAUGGUGCUAACGAAUAGUGGAAUGGGCGGCAUGGGUGUCGGUGGUGCUGGAAUGAUCAAACAACAGAUCGGCGCAGGACCUGGAGGCAUGAUGAAUGCCGGUCCCGGUGGCGUAGGUCCUGUGGGCCCUGGAAAUAUGGGUCCGGCUGUUGGAGGUCCUCAACAGGGAAUGCACAUGGGUGGUCCUGGUGGACAUCCCCAGGUAAUGCAAAAUGGACCAAUGAUGCGUAUGGUGGGUCAACACAUGUUGCGUGGUCAAAAUCCACAUUUAAUGGGUGGCAAUGGUCCCGGUGGUAUUGGUGGCGGCCCACGCAUGCAGAAUCCUAAUAUGCAAAUGGGCCAAAUGAACAACAUGGUUGGUGGCGGUGUUGGACCGAACGGACCCUAUGGCGGUGGGGUCGGUGUCGGCAACGUGGGCAACUAUGGAGGCCCUGGCGGUCCUCAAGGUGGUAUAAAUGUCAAUGCUAACAACCCGCAGCAGCAAAUGUUGGCUCAGCAAAUUGCUGCACAACAUGGUGGUGUACCACCGAAUAUGACGGCGGCUAUGCAACAGGGACAACGAGGACCUGGCGGUGUUCCACUUGGUAUGGGUGGUGCCGGUGUAGGUGGUGGUGACGGCAAUGGUGCUGGUUUGGUCGGUGGACCACAGCAACAACAGAUGAAUAAUGCUCAAAUGAAUCCCAAUCAACAGCAAAACCCACAGGGCGGUUUAAUGGGUGGCAUACGACCACCACAAACCGGUCCCGGUGGCCCUCAGCAAAAUUCCAUGAUGUUGUCACAACAACAACAGCAGCAGCAACAACAACAGCAGCCUGGAACAUCCCAACAGGGCGGUAAUGCAGGAGGCGGUGGUAAUGCAGGUGCUGGCAGCGGUGCCGGUGGUGGUGGCACCGGUAAUCAACCCAUCACUGAAGAGCGAAAAAAACAAAUUCAACAACAACUUAUGCUGUUAUUGCAUGCGCACAAGUGUAAUCGGCGCGAAAGUCUCAAUCCCAAUCGCGAAAAAUGUAAUGUCCCAUACUGUAAACCCAUGCAGGACGUUCUUACACACAUGGCCAACUGUAAGCAGAGUCGCGAUUGUACUGUGCAGCAUUGCAUAUCCUCGAGACAAAUUUUGAUGCAUUACAAGCAAUGCCAACGUACCGACUGUAUUAUUUGCUUUCCAUUCCGUCAAAAUCACGCUUUCCAAAACAACAAUCCCAAUGCGGCGGGAGGCAAUGCUGGUGGCGGAGGAGGUAGUAAUGCAAAUCAGCAAGUGGGACAACCAAAUGCAAAUGAUAAACAAGUUCCAGGAGGAGUUGGUGGGCCACAACAAGUCGGUGGUCCGCAACAGUCCGGUGGUGUUGGAGGAGUACAACCUGGUGGAGGAGGUGUGGCUCCAAAUGUAACGGCAGGUGCUGGCGGUAUGCCCGUUGGAGCAGGUGUUGUCGGUCAAGGUCAAAUGAAUAUGAAACCAAAUGCUGGCGAUAUGCAACAGCAAAUGCAAAAUGCCCCUCAAAAUCCGAAUCAAGAGAUAAGAAGAUUCGAUAGUAUGGGCAUGCAGGGAGCCGUAGGUAAUGCUGGAGGUCCAAAUAAUAUGAUGCAGGGCAAUGCCGUUAAUGUCCAACAACAGCAAAUGCAGGGCAUUCGAAUGACAGGAGUACCCCCAACGGCGCGUGUCAUGUCUACAGCGGUUGGAGGACCUGGUGGUGGCGGAGUUGCUGCAGGACCUUCAUCAGGCGGAAACAAUGAUCAAGCCGGCAUGCGCCAAGUUGUAAAUAAUCUCUUGAUUAGUGGGGGUGGUAAUGGUCCUGGCACCGACGGUGGUAUACAAAAUCAACAACAACAAAUGCUACUCCAAGGAGGGCCAGGAGGACCAAAUAAAUUUCAAAUGUCAGCACCACCCACACCUCGCCUUUCUGAUCUGCUGAAACCCGGUCUUAAAGUGACGACAGAUCCCACCCAAGUUCAAUCGAAUGCACUUAACCAGCAGCAACAACAACAACAGCAACAAUCGAACAUUCCCCUGUCGGUCAAUGUACACAACAAUUUCAAUAAUUCCAAUAUAAACAACCUCCUCGGUGGUGGCGGUGGAGGAAAUGGCGGCGAUAUGAUGGGUGCUGGCGGUCCAGUUGGUGGAGCACCACCUAACAAGCAAUUAACACCACAAGAAUUGGCUAAGAUGAAAAUGCAAGCCCAGGCUAGUGGCGGUGCCGGUGGCUUAGUGGGCGGUCCCAACAACACUGCUUCCAACAACAAUGGAACAGGAAAUCAAAAUGCAACCGGCGGUCCUGGUAUGCAAGGAGGUGUUGUGGCCAGCGUUUCGGGAGGAGCUAAUAAUGCUGGUGCCGGCGGAGCUCCAACUACAUCGCAGAAUACUGGUGGUGUAGCUGGAGGUGGAACUGGUGGAACAGGCAGUACUUCCGGCGGCGGUGGUGGUGAUGAAAACAAAGAUUGGCGAGAAAUUAUUACAGAUGACCUUCGCAAGCAUUUAGUGCACAAAUUAGUACAAUCCAUCUUUCCCACAUUCGACCCAGCCACCAUUUUAGACAAACGCCUGCAUUAUCUCGUUUCUUAUGCUGAAAAAGUCGAACGGGAUAUGUAUGAAAUGGCCAAAUGUCGUUCAGAGUACUACCACCUACUAGCUGAGAAGAUUUACAAAAUCCAAAAAGAGCUGGAGGAAAAACGUAUCAAGAAAAAAGAGCAACAACUACUCCAAAUGCAGCAGCAGCAGCAACAGCAACAAGGCGUUGGUGCUGGUGGAGUAGGCGCUGGACCCAGUAAUGCAGCAGGUGGUGGUGUCAAUGUUGGCAGCGUUGGUUCUGGCCCUAGUUCUGCAAGUGGAUUACCUGGUCAGCAAAUACCUCCCGGUCAUCCAGGACAACAGCAAAUAAGGCCAAUGGUUAGUCCCAUGGGAGGAGGAGGUGUCGGUCCUGGUGGACCUGUUGGUCCAAAUCAGGGUGGUGGUAUGCCAAUGGGUGGCGGAAGUAUGAUGCAACUUCGUGGUCAAGCUCCCGGUAACGUUGGAGGCGGUGGUCUAAUGCCCGGUCAAAAUAUGGGUGGAAUGCGUAGUCAUUCACCUGGGGGUAAUAUGUUGGCAAUGCAACAACAGCAGCAACAACAGCAACGCAUGCAAUUCCCGCAACAAGGUAACAUGCUAGUUGGACCACCCGGUCCCAGUCCCGGUGGCAACAGUAUGGGUGGUGGCAUAUCGGCAUCACAGCAAAGUAUGGUUGUUCCGAAUCCUGUACUUUCGCCAUUCACAGGACAAGCGAUGCAGGGGCAGCCUGGCACUGGAGGUGUAGCUGGUGUUUUGACCAGUCCAAUACCAGGUCAGCAGCAGCAAUUUAUCAACGCUAAUGGUGGAACUGGUGCUUUCACCGCACAACAAUUGAUUGAUAAUUUAAAACGGGAACGUAUGAUGCAACAGCAGCUGCAGCAACAACAACAGCAGAGUGGAAUGCUAAUGCCACAGUCGCCUUUCAACAACAGCAACAACAACAACGCUGGCAAUACACAAAUGUCGCAGCAGUCAAAUGCAUUCACAUCUCCUAUGUCCCAGCAGCAGCAGCAACAAAAGCCGAACAUGAUGGCCAAUGCUGGAGGCGGAAACAUGGGAAAUAUGCCUCCCACGCCCACAAGCAUGGAAUCACUUUCAGCAGUAAUAGGUGGUGGCACAAGUGCAUCAGGACCAACCAGCGUAACUAGUACUGCCUCUGCGGGAACUGUAGGUGCCGCUGGCGGCAUGGUCGCAGCACCAAGUCCCUCGCCAAGUUUCACAACAAAUGGUCCCAUCGGUACCCCGAUCAACAAUAAUCCACCAUCGGUUCCAUCAUCUUUGAUGCAAACUAUUGGUGGCGAUCGUGGAAAUACCCCACCACCAGCAACAUCAGUAAAUCCCUCAUCUCCCGCCUCAGCAAAUGCAACACCUGCAGCUACAACAGCAUCAAGCACAGGUACGGUGGGUCUACAGCCCUCCUCUACACCCUCUAACACUACUCCAACAUCAUCAGCGCCAGCAACAGUGGCAUCUUCGUCAUCUUCGGCGACAAUCACCACAACAACAACUACGGCUACAUUGUCCUCAUCUAGUACUACCUCGGCAUCAGCAACCACGUCAGUGGUGUCGACUUCGGCGGGCACUUGUCCCACAGCAAUAACCAGUUCUAUGUCCAGUUCAUCAAGCACGACAACAACGGCUGUAACAGAAACCAGUGUCGCUAGCAAUGGCCUUGCUCAAAAUCAACAACAAACUACAUCAAUGGGUAAGGGAAAUACUGGCGGCACAUCCACGACAACAACAACUACCUCAGCCAUAAGCUCAGCACUACCAUCAACCAGACCCGUCAGUAGCAGCAAUAGUUUAUCCUCCCAAAUGGCAGCCCUAGAAGCAGCAGCCCGCGACAACGAUGACGAUCCACCUAACUCUCCCAACAGCGACUCACAAAAUGCGGGCAAGUCGUGUAAAGGUAAAUUGGAUUCCAUAAAGCAGGAAGACGACCUUAAAAAGGAGUUUAUGGACGACGGCAGUGCCGGAGAAAAUUCUCAGCAAGAAUCUUCAGCCGGUGUGGGUAAAAAUGUUAACAACGAUGGCACGGCCAAGGUGGAAGUCAAAACUGAAGAUUGUGAUGUAAAAAUAAAAUUGGAACCAAUGGAAGUAGAUGACGCUGCAGGAGCUGGUAGUGGUGCUAAUUCAACGUACACAACUAGCGGUGAAGCUGCCAAGGCCGUGGGUACAGGCGACAGUAAAGAUGGUGUAAAACCCAUGACUGAUGGCAACUUAGCAGCAGGGAGUGAUGUUAAGGUUAAAAGUGAAACUAAACCUGUAGCGCCAGAACCUCUGAUGCCAAAUGCCGGCGAUAAGAAAAAGAAAUGUGUAUUUGAUCCAGAAGAACUUAAACAAGCCUUGUUGCCGACAUUAGAAAAACUUUUGCGUCAUGAGCCAGAAUCUGUGCCAUUCCGCAAUCCCGUUGAUCCUCAGGCUUUGGGUAUACCCGACUAUUUUGAAAUUAUCAAAAAACCAAUGGAUCUGGGAAGCAUUCGAAACAACUUGAUGAAUGGCAAAUAUAAUGACCCUUGGGAGUAUGUGGACGAUGUUUGGCUCAUGUUUGACAAUGCAUGGCUUUACAAUCGCAAAUCCUCUAAAGUUUACAAAUAUUGUACAAAGCUUUCCGAAGUUUUUGAACAAGAAAUAGAUCCUGUUAUGCAGACACUCGGUUAUUGUUGUGGCCGAAAAUACACAUUCAAUCCACAGGUUCUGUGCUGUUAUGGUAAACAAUUGUGUACCAUACCUAGAGAUGCCAAAUACUAUAGUUAUCAAAAUAGUCUAAAGGAUUAUGGUGUUGCCUCAAACAGAUACACUUUCUGCCAGAAAUGUUUCAAUGACAUCCAGGGAGAUACCGUUACACUGGGAGAUGAUCCACUGCAGUCACAAACGCAAAUUAAAAAGGAUCAAUUCAAAGAAAUGAAAAAUGAUCAUCUCGAACUUGAACCAUUUGUCGAUUGCCAAGAAUGUGGCCGAAAACAGCACCAAAUUUGUGUUCUAUGGUUAGACUCAAUAUGGCCUGGCGGUUUUGUUUGCAAUCGCUGCCUGGAAAAGAAGGAUUCCAAAAGAAAAGAGAAUAAAUUCAAUGCUAAACGUUUACCCACGACCAAAUUGGGUAUUUACAUUGAGACACGCGUCAAUAACUUCCUAAAGAAAAAGGAAGCCGGUGCUGGUGAGGUACACAUACGUGUUGUCUCUUCAUCGGACAAAUGUGUUGAGGUGAAGCCAGGCAUGCGUAGACGCUUUGUGGAAAAUGGCGAUAUGAGUGCCGAAUUUCCAUACAGAGCAAAGGCAUUGUUUGCUUUUGAGGAAGUCGACGGUAUUGAUGUUUGUUUCUUCGGCAUGCACGUUCAAGAGUAUGGUUCUGAAUGUCCACCACCGAAUACCAGACGUGUAUAUAUUGCGUAUUUGGAUUCGGUGCAUUUCUUUAGGCCACGCCAAUAUCGUACCGCAGUGUAUCAUGAAAUUUUACUUGGUUAUAUGGACUAUGUUAAACAAUUGGGCUAUACCAUGGCCCACAUUUGGGCUUGUCCUCCAUCGGAAGGUGACGAUUACAUAUUCCACUGCCAUCCUACAGAUCAAAGAAUACCUAAACCGAAACGUCUGCAAGAGUGGUAUAAGAAAAUGUUAGAUAAGGGCAUGAUUGAACGUACUAUCCAGGACUAUAAGGAUAUCAUGAAGCAAGCCGUUGAAGAUAAACUUUCAUCGGCAGCUGAACUACCUUACUUCGAAGGUGAUUUCUGGCCAAAUGUUUUGGAAGAAAGUAUAAAAGAACUCGAUCAGGAAGAAGAGGAGAAACGCAAGCAGGCUGAAGCCGCAGAAGCAGCGGCUGCUGCUGCCGCUAAUAUUUUCUCAAUUGAGGACAAUGAUGUGAGUGGUGAUGGCAAAAAGAAGGGACAGAAAAAGGCCAAAAAAUCAAACAAGUCAAAGGCUGCUCAACGAAAAAAUAAAAAAUCGAAUGAGCAACAAGCGGGCAAUGAUCUCUCGACAAAAAUUUAUGCCACCAUGGAGAAGCACAAAGAAGUAUUCUUCGUCAUUAGACUGCAUUCGGCCCAAUCUGCAGCCAGUUUGGCGCCCAUACAGGAUCCCGAUCCGUUGUUACAAUGCGAUCUGAUGGAUGGCCGUGAUGCAUUCCUCACCUUGGCUCGUGACAAACACUAUGAAUUCUCAUCGUUGCGCAGAGCACAAUUUUCCACAUUAUGUAUGUUGUACGAGUUACAUAAUCAAGGACAAGAUAAAUUCGUGUAUACAUGCAACAAUUGCAAGACGGCUGUUGAAACACGUUUCCACUGUACAGUGUGUGAUGACUUUGAUUUGUGUACACUAUGUUAUGAGAAGAUUGGCCAUCCCCAUAAAAUGGAAAAACUUGGUUUCGAUCUGGACGAUGGUUCUUCUCCAGCCGAUUUGAAGCAAGCCAAUCCUCAGGAGGCACGCAAACAGUCCAUACAGCGUUGCAUACAAUCAUUGGUUCACGCUUGUCAGUGUCGCGAUGCAAAUUGUCGCCUGCCCUCAUGCCAGAAGAUGAAGCGUGUGGUUCAACACACAAAGAAUUGCAAGCGGAAAACCAAUGGUGGUUGUCCCAUUUGCAAGCAGCUUAUUGCAUUAUGCUGCUACCAUGCCAAACAUUGCCAAGAGCAAAAAUGUCCAGUGCCUUUCUGUCCAAAUAUCAAACACAAACUCAAGCAACAACAACUGCAACAAAAAUUGCAACAACAACAAUUGUUACGGCGACGUGUUGCUCUCAUGUCGCGCACAGUUACAGCUCCAGCUGCCUUGCCAGGACCAGCAGCAGUUUCCAAUCCUGUGGUUGUUCCAAGUGGUGUGCCAGUUCCCAAUGUAGCUAUGGUGACACCUAUGGUCAUUGGUGGUCAGCCAGCCAUAAUGCCAGCUGGUGCAGCGGGAGCAAUGAGUCCAUCCACAGUACCAGUGCCCUCACCGGUGGCUGCUCCGAUUGGUGGUGGCAUGACAUCCCCACAUGCGCAUCAGCCAGGCAUGGGAAUGAAACCAGGUGGUGGCCAUUCUCCCUCACCAAAUGUCUUGCAAGUUGUUAAACAGGUACAGGAAGAAGCUGCCCGACAACAAGUUCCCCACGGUGGUGGCUUUGGCAAAGGCGGAGCUAUGGCACCUCCUGUUAUGCAACGUCAUCACAUGGGCGGUCUACCCAACCAACCGAAUCCUGGUAUGGUAGGUAAUGUCGGGAAUGUACCUGUGGGUACUGUUGGACCCAUGGGUCCUGGUGGCAACAAUGUUAUGGGUAACAAUUUAUUACCCAUGGAUCAGUGGGGCAAUCGUUAUCCCAACAACAAUGUUAAUCAAGGCAUGCGUCAACCCAAUCAAAACCAGGUUAUGCAACCUAAUGCAAUGCAACAACAAGGAAUGAUGGGUGGCAUGGUUAGUGCUGCAGGUUCUCAACAAAUUCCCGGUAGUUCCGGCAAUAUGCCUGGUAAUGCCCAAGGUAUCGGUGGCAUCGGCGGCAAUACAACCGGCAUGGUAGGUAUGGGCGGUGCUGGCCCAAUGGGUGGAGGUCCUGGUGCAGGAAUACGUCCCCAAGGGCAGCAUCCAAAUGCUGGUGGAGUUGGAGGCACAGGUCAAAUGCCAAAUGGCCCCCGUAAUAAGCAAUUGAAUACUCAGCAGCUAGAUCAAGUCAUGGAAAAAAUUAAAACCGAUCCAACCAAUGAAGGUCAUCUGCAAAUCUUGCAAGUGUUGAAACAGAAUCCACAAAUAAUGGCCGAACUCAUUAAACGUCAGCAAAGACAAAACAAUGCAAAUGCUGGUGGUAGACAACAAAGUGCUGGGGGUGGUGCUGGGGGAUCAGGCGUUGGGUCUGCGGUUAAUGGUCCUCAGCAACAACAGCAGCAACAGCAACUGCAACAACAGCAGGUUAUGCAACAACAGCAACAAAUGCAACAUAUGAUGAGCCAGCAACAACAAAUGCCCCAACAGCAACAGGUUAUGAUGCAACAACAACAGCAAAAUGUUGGACAACAUCAGCGUAUGCCAGGAAUGCAAAAUCCAAUGAUGAUGCAACAACAACAGCAGGGACAAGCUACCAACGCACAAUGGUACAAAAUGCGUCAAAUGCCUAAUUACCCACCUCCAUACCGUCAGCGAGCGCCUCAGCAAAUGGGCGGCGUUGGAGGGCCAGGUCAACAAUUUGGCGGUGUUGGUUCAUUUGGUGGCCCAGGAGGGGGAGCUCCCACCGGUGGACCAGUCGAUCAGUAUGCUGCCAUGCAGCAGGGAUUGAAACCAUCACCACAACAACAAAUGGCUGGUAUGCCUGGAGUACAGCAACAACAAAUUAUGCAAGGAGCUGGAGGUAUGGUUGGUGGUCCAAAUGUUAUGGGUCCACCAACACCGCACACUUUACAACAGCAAUUGAUGCAACAAUCAUCGAGAGCAUCACCGCCAAUCCGUUCUCCACAACCCACACCCUCUCCACGAUCGGCACCAUCGCCACGAGCAGGGCCCUCGGCCUCGCCACGUGCUCAGCCUAGUCCUCAUCACGCAAUGUCACAUUCACCCGCGCCUCAAACAUCCCAUGAUGGUCUACACAAUCAUGGGGGUAUGCAUCCGCAUCAGUCACCACUGCCAGGUGUGCCACAAGAUGUGGUUGGUGGUGUAGGAGGAGUUGUGGGCGGUCCCGGUGGCCCUGUUUCCGAUGCCUCCGAUCAACUUACCAAAUUUGUAGAACAACUUUAGUGUAAUUAGCUAAUGGCAGCGGCUCAAUCCCCUUACCCGAAUCCAUCUCCCUCACCCCAUGGCAGCCGCUUUAAUAUGAAUCCCUCUUCCCAGCAACACCACCAACAACAGCAUCGUUAUUUCUAAGACUACUUACACACACACAACCAAUCAAAAGGCAGACAAUUCAGGUUUGCAUUAUCAAUACUAUUUUUUUACAAAUUGUAACAAGAACUCUUUGGACACAUGACAUGCAAUCAUCAUGUAGCUAAUCUGGUAGCAGCAAAUUAAAAUUGCUGUUUAUUAUCACAUCUUGUACUCAUGUUAUUUAGUUUUUUUUUUAAUUUACUUAUACAAUAGGUUUUAUUCACAAUAAUAACAUUUUAAAUGUUUUUUAUGGUUAUUAUCUUUUUUUUUUUGUUUUAGAAAUAGCACUUGCAAAAACGUUCUUUGUUUAAUUUUUGUACAUCAUCUAUUUAAGACAAAAACUAAAUUCUUCAUAAUUUUAUAUAUUUAUAUAGAUAUACAUAAACGAUUCCUAAUGAUCCCUCUAUCUCUUAGUAAUAUUGCUAAGAUUUGUUGCUUAAAUCAAUAAAGCACGACACACGCGCAUCACACUCGUUUGUAAUUGAUAACAGAUUAAUUGAAUCAAUCCCGAUGGAGGAAAAAGAAGAAACAAAUGUAAUAUAUUCGAUUAAAAUAGUUGGGGACAUUGGAAGGUGUCUUUUAUCCAAAAUAUGAACGUGUGUUCUUUUUCUAAUUUUGCAGUACAAUUUGCCAUACAAUACUUCUACACAAUUUUAUAGAUUCCGAAAAAUUUAAAUUAAUUUCUUUGUUUUAAUUAUUGGGCGUACGUUACAAAAAUGUUGAAGUCAAAUUAUUAGGUUUUUUAAGUAAAAUAUUUAAAUCAAAUACUUCGAUUUUAUGCUGAUGAAAUGUCAAACUUGAAAUAUAAUAGGGAAUUUGAAGAAAAUGUUGCAUUUUACACUUUUGGAUAUGUGACGCAUAUUUUGUCCCCAAAACACAAACAUUUUUCUCGAUUAUUUUUAUUUGAGUUCCACGCCGCAAUAAUAUAGAAGAAAACAAUUCCCAAUGUGUCCCCCAAUAUAUGUCACUGCUACUCAUUGAAUACUACCAAUAAAAUUCACAAAAACAAAACUAAACUAAUCAGAAUGAUAGCUUAUAAAAUAUAUUAAACAUAAAAAGUCUUAGCUACUACAUAGUCAACCAAGAACCAUACACAACCACAACACCCAAGUCCCCCUUCCCAGACUUAAAAUAAUUAACUAAAACAAAAUAAUAUAAAAAUAUGGAAACAUUAAUAAAAAAAGAAAACUCGUAAUAAUUUAAGCCCUAGCAAUCUAAGGAAUUUUAUACUUUUCUCUAUAAAAAACAUAUUAAUUUAUAUUAUAUAAAAGAAAACAAGACGAAAAAGUUUAUUUUAGCACUUUGAGCUAGACCUACAUAUAUAAUAAAUAUUUAAUAUUAAUUAUAAAAAUAAUUUUAGAAACAAAAAUUAUGCUAAGGAUGUAUAUGUGUUUAAAAAAUGAAAUGUCUGAAAGAAACAAGAUUAAAAAAGAAGAACUACCAGAAAAAUCCAUUACAGCUAUUAAAUAAGUGAUUUAAUUUAAUAACAAAUCCUCCCCCGAAAUAGGCAAAAAACUGCAACAAACUAAAUUACUUUGUAAAAUGUUAUUAAAUAUUUUGUAAAUAUUAAUUAUUAUGGUAUCCUAGUAUCCUAAUUUUUCCCUUUUUGUUUUUUUCUUUUUUAGCUAAUGUAAGGCACUUAUAUAACAUAAUGUUAAAUAUAUAUAUUUAAAAAAAAAAAAAUAAUACACCACCUACAACUCACUUUUCUAUACAUUUUCUGUGAAGAACCAACCUCUCAUCAAAAAAUGCAGAUGAAAUUUUUUUAUUUCCCCUCCAAUUCUAAUUUGUUUACAUCCAGUUUUUGACAAUGUAAAUAGAUAAAUAGUAUCUAGCGUGUAAAUAAAUUGAAAAACUCUCAUUUUCCCCUUUCGAAGAAGAGAACCAAACCUCCUUAAAAACACCCCUAUCAAUACUAUGUAACACAAUGUCAACACAAUUCGAUUCUGAGGUGUUAUUUAUUUUAAUAACACAAUAGAAAAUUCAAAAUUUCCACAGCAAUACAUCAGGCAUGUCACUGGAAUGAAUUCGGUACGAAAGUGAUUUUAAUUUCGUAUUUAGCUUCUUCAGAAAUCAUAAAACGCAACAUUUUUCUGAUUUGAAACCACUUUUGUAUUUGCAAGUGAAAUCUUGAGUCUUGAAAAUCACUUUUUUCGUCAAAAAAAAAUUAUUCAUCUGUGAUAACCAAACGCUUUAUGAAUAAUAAACUAAAGCAAAGGGAAAAACAAAACAAAAAGAGAACACACAAAAAAAGAAUUUUGUAAAAAAUUGUAAUUAUCUUAAAAUAUGUAUUGUGGAAUGUUGUUUAAUCAACUAAUAUUUUCGGGGCAGGCACAUUAAUUCGCCACAAGAAACAAUUGUCAUAGAUUUUAUCGAAAGCCCCAAGGACCUAACGAGGGGUUAUGUCAAAGGUGAUCGAUUGGUUGCCGCCGAAACAAGUUAGUCACAGCUUACCGAAAAACAAAAUUUCUCGGGACCACCCACCAAAGAUUGCAAUGGGUGGAAAAAGAUAUAGUCAGACUUGACCACCGUAUAUGUUAAAAAUUGUGUCACAAUAAAAAAGAAAAUGCAAAAACUGGUGGUCGGUCUUUUCAACAAAUAUGUGCUCAGUGAGUGAUUUAGGAAUCAAUUGCAAUGUUUCUUUUUAAACAGAAUAUUACACUUCAACAAUGUUUCUACUCUUGUGUGUUUGUUUUGAUUCCACAUUCAUUCGUUCUUUCAUUCCCCUAAUGUUACCAUAUUGAAUAUAUAUAUAGUUACCAUAUUUACACUGAAAUCGUAGUUCACCAACCGAAUCGUAUGAAAAUCUGAAGAAGCUAAAAAAACUAACGAUUUUAAUUACGAAAUUCAAACCAUUUCGAUACGAUUUUGUGACAUGCUUGCAAAAUAACGGUAAAUUGCGAGCAUGCCAAAAUUCUUAAUUCUCAAGAAACCUUUUUAUGUUUGGUAUGCAAUUUGCAAAACAACACCCACAAACCAGUUUAGCUAUUCUCACAUCUUUCAAAGAUUAAGGAAAAUAAUGUUUAUACCUCCCGAUUUAUUUGUUUUUUUUUUUUAACCAAAAUCUUUAAAAUUUGGAGAUUUUAAAAAUGUAAAAAUGUAAUUUACUCUAAAUGAAUAAGCGGGCUUGAUCUGUGAUUGGUCAAGCAUACAUCCAUUUGUUCCAACACAUUUGACAGAUCAGAUUAAAAAAAAACUUACAUUCUCAAGGAUUUAAACCCAAAAAAGAUCUCGAAUACCUUAGAUUUCAUGGUUUUGUCUAACAUUGUUGUUGCAUAGUACUCAUGGAUAUAUAGAUCGUUUUCUAAAAUCCAAUGUUCAACAUUUCACUACAUAUAUUAUGUGUCCCCAUUCAAAAGCACUGGGAGGAAACCACAGACAUACACAACAACUGCCGUUUAAAAUAUUUUUAUUGCAUAUAGAAAAUGUGAUUUUUCAAUAGGAAAAUGUAUUGAUAGAAUAUACAGCACUACUAUAUAAAAAGAAAAGAAAACAAAAAUUAACCUUACAAAUUCAACAACAACAAAACAAAGAAAGCCGCCCAAUCUUUGUUAUAACAAAAACAAAAAGAGAAGAAAAAACAAAAUUUUAAUUUUUAUUAGAAGAUUUCAGCAGAUCAGCAACAAAUCAAUCAUAUAGGAAAAAAUGAUAAAUAAAAAUGCCUUAACUUUUAAAGAUUAUGAGAAAUGUAAAUAUAUCAAUCCAAUUUUGAAAUAAGUUUUAGAAUGCAAACAAAAAAAAAAAAACAGAAAUAUGUGUUUAACUUUGUUUUCUGCCACCACCAUGAAACCGCCACAACCGCCUUCAAAGUUAAAUGCAUAUUUUUCUUUCUUUUUUUUUGUCUGAAACUCUAAACUUAUAACAAUUUGUAGUUUUAUCUAAAAAGAAGUCAUUAUCCCCUUACAAAUGCAUUGCAUUGUAAAUAAUAAUAAUAAUAAUAUAAAUAGAAACUAGGAUCAAUAAAUUUAACAGAAUGAAAGAAAGAAAAUCAAUGAAAUAUUCCAAAACUGUUGUGUGAUUAAA